CUCGAUCGAGGUCAGUAUAGAAAGCAAAAGCUUCGAGUCUAGGGUUUCUUCCUCUCCCGCGUUCUCCUCCUCUUUCUCUCCCUCGCUAGCUCCAUAGCCCGCGCCUGUGGGCGUAUUUGUUCUGCUUCUCUGCAGUCUCACCUCGCGUUGGGAUUGAAUCGGGUCGAUCCAUCCUUGUGCCUCAAGAUCUCGUGCGGGUGAAAGGCGAAGUUGGGCACGAUGUCUCGUUGCUUUCCUUAUACGCUUCGCGAGGGAUGCGUGAAGAGGGGGACGCUUAGGGAGACUUUGAUGGGGUCCCUUAAGCUCCAGAAGGAAAAGGAGAAUGCGGUCGAGACAAAAAGAAGUAAGCCAAACAAGAGGGAAAAGGAGAAGAGAGAAACCCAUUUGAAACCCUUGGCCAUUAAUGAUAGCAAGGUAAAGAGGCCAUCUCAUGGGAAACCACCGGCAGGACUGAGGAAAAGAAAAGUUUUUGAUUCAGACUCCCCUCCAGUAAGUAAAGACUCCUAUGAGCAGGCGGAGAAGAGUUCAAUUACAGAAGAACAUGAGCAACCAGUUGGUUACCUAUCUGAUGGGAGCAAGAGCAGCAAAAAUGAGAGUAGACAAGAUGCCUCAGCCUCUAGCAUCGAACGAUGUGGCAACAUUCUCAGAAUCCGGCUGAAACGGACAGCAACAGCCGAUAGUCCACUUGGUGGACAACCGGAGUGCAGUACAUCUGGAACAGCAUAUUUUACCCCUAAGAAUCGGCGUGAGACGAGUCAAGUGCCUUGCCAAAUAAAUGCCACUUCUAUUGAUGCAAGGGAGCUCGUAGUGGAGAAGCCAGAAACCUCUGCUCAAUUGGAUAUAGCAUUUCCAACUGUCUCUUCGUCGACCAGAAAUGAAUCGUUAGAGCUUGAAUCUGCAUAUGAAGCUCUGAUAGAGCAUUGGGUGCCCCUUCCUCUGGAUCACGGACUUGAUGAAUCUGAUGACCAAGACUGGCUUUUUGACACGAAACGGGCAGAGGGUAAAGGUCCGAAGAAACUAAAAUCAGGGGAUGAUGCUGUAAUUCCUUGUACUUGGCCGCCACAAGCACAUUUUUUGCCUGAGGCCGAGAUUUAUGCCCUCCCUUAUACUGUUCCCCUUUGAUUUUUUUUUUUCCUUUUGUGGUUUUCGAAUCACUUUGUAAAGCGGCACAAAUGUACAUAUGAGCAAUGGAAGAGAAAUUUUGUUCCU